UUCAUUAUUGAAAAGUUUAGUUGUUCGACAACGUUUGACUCAAUAUAUAUUGGGAUUAGUGAACGAAAUUGUUGCGGGUUUUAAAAGAAAUUUACUCUAAAAGCAUAAGCGAAAAAAAACAAAAUGAAAUGCUGCAGCCGUUCCACACUUGGAGUUAUUAUUGGCUUCCUUAACAUUUUGAUCUAUAUCGGCUUAUGUGUUGUAAUGAUCGGCUUUCUACAAAAUUUACAAGAACGUUUCGAUAGAACUAUCGAGCAAAAGGAAAAGGCGGCCGAAAUUGGCACAAUUUUAAUAAGCUCUAUACUGGCCGCAUGUUUAGUUAUGAUCAUUAUAAGUGGUGUCCUUAUAGUGGGCAUUACAAAGAGACGUCACAAGUUGAUAUUGCCCUGGUUGGUUCUAAACGGUCUGGGUUUAGCAAUUGAUAGUGCUAGAGUUAUAUUCACUCUAAUACUUAAUCUGGUAAAUGGUAUUUCCCUGUCAGUGGUACUCACUUCCUUUGUAGUCGGUGUAAUUGGUAUUGGUUUAGGUGCCUUAAUUUUCUGGGCCAUUUACACUUUAUGGAGAGAUAUACGUCGUAUGAAUGAUGAAAAAUCGGGCAAACUUAUUGCUGAUGUACAUUAUGAUAACGAUCCAGCUAAUGCUCCACCACAGUAUAAUUAUUUGUCUGCUUUACCACAAAAAUCUUAAGAUUUCAUUUAAAUUUAUUAUCCAUUUUUACGCAAAUAAUAAUUUGUUAAAAAUAAAAAUUUAAAUUUGUAAAGUUUUAUAUCAAA